AUGCACUGUCAACCCAUCCCGGACAAAGAUCAAUGUCCGUUGAUUCUCGCGGAUGGAAAUAGCAUCUGGGUCUCUUGGUGGAGCCAGUCUGAUAGUCGCGCUUUAUGUCCUCUCGUUCUCGGAUCCAUCCCAGUCAAGUCCCGGAUGCCAGGUCUUGACAUGGAGGACCAAAAGCAACGCGCCACGUCAGAGUCCCUGAGCUCUGGGUGCAGCUGCAUGCGGUUGAGCAGGAUGUGGAAGGAGUCACGAUUCUUGCCGGCGAGGAACGCCGCGCAGCAAGGAGAUCCUAUCAUUUCCGUAGGCGAUGACGAUGAACCAUACACAUGA